ACCGUACCUCUACGCUGGAUACACUGGAACCUUUGGAACCACUAUACACGACGCCAUUGACAGAUUUCCUUCAAAAGUCUACUCGAGUCAAUUCAGGUCAAGUCGACGCGUCGUCAGGUCACCCAUCCACCCAUCCACCCUCAUUCGUCAUCAAAACUCAAUGUCCUUGUCCCUUGUUUCAUCGACAUUGUCUGCUCCACAUUGAUCAAAUAUUCACAUGUUGAUUACGGAGUACUUGUCGGGAGCAGUUAUCGGCUUACCGUAAGAACCAAACACGCUGCGCACGCUUUCCACACUCAUCAUCAACCUUGAAGUGCCACGAGUACUUGUUGCUCUUCUCUUUCGGUGCUUACAUGUCAUUAUUUCCCCCGGUCGACGCUAUAUCACAAGUGGAAUCCUUUCGUCGACCCUCUCUCCCCUCGAUUCCAUCUCACUCCACACCAUAUGUUCCCGCAUUCACAUACGCUACUCCUGCAUAGGACUAUUUACUGGAGCCCAACCACGAGUUUUGCUUCAUCUUUCGCCAACUAUUCUUCGCAUCACUCCUUCACUAAUCAACACACCAUAUCCAUCUAUCUCGCUGAGGGCUGGCCUUCUUUCUCCAAGGGAUUUCUACACCAUCUAUUCGACUGACAUGAAACACUGCUUGCAUUUGAGUCCACCCACUUCUCCAUUCUGGUAAUCUAUCGAUUGUAUCCUAUUCACUCAAUAGCCGAUUGCCGGACACGUGGCAGACCUCCACCACUUGGAUACCACCACCACCAUAUCAAUAGUACAAAAUACAUCGAAUGAGUUCUCAACGACAACAACCACCUUCAUUCCCCCCAUCUACACCAUGAUCCACAUAAAACGCAGCUUCGUUUUACUGGGAUCCAUAUCAAUCAUCAUCAUUAUCCUCGGCUACUAUAAAACCGCCACAUCAUUACUGACCGUCCGAUCACUCCGGACCAAAGUCCCUCAAGUCAUUGGUCUGGGCGACUAUUUCAACAACGAAGAAGACCAAUAUGGAUUUGAGCGACCUACCAAUCCACCUCUCCUCCCGACCCCCGCUCACGGCGGUGGACAAGGAGGAGCCCGGCCAGGAGGCCUCUUCAACCAUUCCAACACCAAUCCCCUAGGCCCAUACAUCACCCCAGGGACCCCCUCUCCCCAUCAUCAUCACCAACAACAAAACCACACCCGCAACCUCAUUAUGGCACGCACCCUCAAAGAAAACGUCACCUGGCUCGACCAAGUCGACCUAGGCCCCUCACCACCCACACGAAUAAUCUACGUCGCCGACGACCCCACCGCCGAAUUCCACCCACCUGUCAACAAAGGCCACGAAGUCAUGGUCUACCUGACCUACAUCCUCGACUUCUACGACAAUCUCGCCGACGUCAAUAUCUUCAUGCACUCACACCGUUUGGCAUGGCACAACGACGACCUUCUCAACUUCGACGCCGGCGAAAUGAUCAAACGUCUCUCCACGGAACGUGUCCUUCGCGAAGGAUACAUGAAUCUCCGCUGUCACUGGAAGCCCGGUUGUCCCGACUGGAUCCACCCGGGAAAAAUCGAACCUGAUAAACAAAAACUCGAACAAUCCAUGAUCGCCGAAGCGUGGGCAGAGAUCUUCCCCGGAAAACCCAUUCCGCAAGUCCUGGCCCAACCGUGUUGUUCGCAAUUCGCUUUGUCGAGGGAACGAAUCCAGCGGAUUUCCAAGGAUGAGUAUGAACAUUAUCGUAAUUGGAUGCGGAAGUCGCCGAUUCGAGAUACCAUGUCCGGGAGGAUCUUUGAAUAUAUUUGGCAGGUUAUCUUUGCCGACACGGCCAUCAAUUGUCCGAAUCAACGGACUUGUUACUGUGAUGGGUUUGGUGUGUGUUUCAAGGAUGAAGCGGCGUUUGACAAGUGGUUUGAAUUACGCUACCAGAAACGUGUCCAUGAACAGGCCUUGAAGGAGUGGCAGCAAAAAGCGGAUAAAAUCGAACAAUUUCGCAUUGUUGACGAUAAGUCUGGUGGAGCCAAAUCCGGAUCUGGGUCUAGAUCUAUGCUCGAUCUAUCUACUUGGAGAUGGAAACCCGAUGUCGAGAUCGGCGACCUGGACAUCCCCGAACCGGGUAAAGACGCUGAACUCAGGACUCUGAUCCGAGAGCUAGAUGCAGAUCUCGAGUAUCGUCGCUUGAAUGCAAUCAAGGCUGGCACGGAUCCGAGAGUCAGAGCGGAAAGUGCCGGGAGGGUUUGGAAAGAAGGAGAUGGGUUUUGAUUUGGAGAAACAAACAUGACAUGAACUCGGAUACCCAGAAACUAGAAUAUUUAUAUCGCCAUAUAACUGCAACUAUGAUCAUCACAGCAUCCACAACCACAACCACCACUGUCACCAACACUGUCACAACCAGUUUUCAUGCAUAUAUAUCCUCGGACGCAAUGUAUAGACGCCAUUUUCAAGAGAAGCAUAUUAUUCGGCGGUUGGAAACUAUCUCACUUUGGUCAAUUAUCCAUGUCAUGUGGGACUGUAUGACUUCCAUGUUAAGUCACAUAUAUAUAGAAGAGCCUCUAUAAUUCACCAGUCCAUACAC